AUGGCUAUAAUUUGUGCGAUACUAGCGGUGGCAGUGAUCAUAGCUGGUAUCAUAUUUUUCGUCGGUUACCUUGUCGUAAGGCCUAAGGAGCCUCGAAUAAGUGUAGCAAGUGCACAACUCGACACCCUAUAUUUUGAUCAAACGAGUUUGCUGACAGUACAAGUUUCAGUUGUGAUCAAGGCUGAGAACGACAAUGCCAAGGUUCAUUCGAGUUUCUACGACAUGAGUUUACUGCUAAGCUUUCUAGGGGUGAAAAUGGCCUAUUUGGUUGCUGAACCUUUUGAUGUGAAGGCAAAUAGUUCGGUUGAGUUCAACUAUGUACCUCAGUCGAGUCCUAUUCCAUUGAAUCCCGAUGAUGCUGAAGGGGUUAGCAUGUCUUUGAGGCAGAGAAUAAUAACUUUUGAUCUCAAAGGGAAGGCCAAAACCCGAUGGAGGCCUCUCUCUACGACUCUGUUGGAGCCGAUUUACGAAGAGAUCUCUCUCUCUCCCCCAACUUCUCUCUUCUCUUUCCAUCCUCUCUCUAUUGGAGCUGGACCUCUGAGCGAAGAGGCGUGCUUCUGCGAUGAUGCGAAGCCACUCUGGGCUAUUUGCAGCGUCGCAUGA